AUGACGAAAAACUGGAUUUCUCCUUGGGCUGCGACGAUCCAAGACCUAGCGAGGAAGGCUAUGGAGUCCGAGGUAGCUGGCAACACCCCCAUCACGCAUUUGGCAUCCAUCAGCGAGGCGCUGAGCCAAGGUUUGCAAAAUCUAUGCCGGAUAGACGAGGACAGACGUGGAGAGGUAGAGCAAAGGGCAGCAUCAUCUCUGGACAGCGAAGUGUGGUGCAAUCUUCCAGAGCAUCUCGUCGACACCGUCUUGGCAUGGCUGCCACCCGCCAGCCUUUUCCGGCUCAGGACAGUUUGCAAGAGGUGGAACAGUGUGGUUUCGAGCAGGGCCUUCCUCGACACUUGCUCCAAGAUAAAGUCCCGGCUUCCAUACUUCCUUAUGUUCGCCGACCACUUCCACCGCAGAGUAGCCGCCGUCUACGACGUGAGCGUCUCGAGCUGGCACUUGCUACCGUUCUCCUCCUUCAUGCACUGCCGGUUCCCGGAGUCGUUUCUAGUUCUAGCAGCAGCCGGGGGGCUGCUGUGCUUGGAAGGCACGGGGUCGCAAAGCGGAACUAUGUUCGUCUCCAAUCCCAUCACUCGGGUCUACAAGAAGCUCCCACGGAUGAUCGCGAUGAAGUCGCCUUACGUGGUCGGGAUGGUGGUGGACGACGAGAUGAAGUCGUAUAAGAUCUUGGUAGCACAGGACGGGGAAACGCUAGCGUCGCAAGUCUACGAUUCCUCGACCAACAGGUGGAGCUUAACAGGAGUUUACCACCGGAGGACCGCCAUCCUCGCCGGUGCUACGUUCUACAACGGGCUGCUCUUCUGCUUGACGUUCUCGCCAAACGGACUGCUCGCGUUUGAUCUGGAGAGGGGGCAGUGGCUAGAGGUGAAGCUGGCGCUGCCACCAUCGCUCAGCUGUCCGAACCUCAUGACUCACCAGGACAGGCUGCUACUCAUCGGCGGGAUCGAAGAGCUCGGCAGCCUCCAGAGCGUCCACGUCUGGCAGCUCCAUCCGACCAAGCCCGAGUGGAUGGACGUGGAGAGAGUCCCGGACGAGCUGUUCAAGAGGCUGUUCACGUCCUCGUCGGGGCACUUCAUCUGCGUCGGGCAGGGGGACUUUAUCUGCCUGCACGAGUACUACUCGCCGGAGAUACUCAUGUAUGACAUCGUCAGGAGUUCGUGGCAGUGGCUACCGGGGUGCUCGCUCAAUGACAACAUCGAGGCUAGAUCGGUGCUGGGCUUCGCGUUCCAGCCCCGGAUCGAAGCAGUGCCUUGA